AUUGCUACUCCUCAGACUUGCCCUGCUAAUAAUGUGGAUAAAUGCGGCGAUUCAGAUGGAUGGGAAGGGGAGUUUUUCCCGGGCAUUCCCCAGAUUAAAUACGAGGGCCCGUCCAGUAGGAAUCCACUUUCUUUUAAAUGGUAUAAUCCAGAGGAGGAAAUUCUUGGGAAGAAAAUGAAGGAUUGGUUCAGAUUUAGUGUUGCAUUUUGGCAUACAUUCCGUGGAACAGGGGCUGAUCCAUUUGGUGCACCUACUAAGUAUUGGCCGUGGGAGGAUGGUACCAACUCAUUAAACAUGGCUAAAAGACGAAUGAGAGCUAACUUUGAGUUCAUAAGCAAACUUGGUGUCGAUUUUUGGUGCUUCCACGACAGGGACAUUGCCCCUGAUGGAAAAACUCUUGAGGAAUCUAAUGCAAACUUGGAUGAAGUGGUUGCCCUUGCUCGAGAGCUCCAGACCAAGGCUAAAAAGAGAGUAUUAUGGGGAACAGCUCAGUUGUUCAUGCAUCCUCGUUACAUGCAUGGUGCUGCUACUAGCUCUGAAUUAGAGGUCUAUGCAUAUGCUGCUGCUCAAGUGAAGAAAGCCAUGGAGGUGACACAUUAUUUGGGGGGAGAAAAUUAUGUUUUCUGGGGUGGUCGUGAGGGUUAUCAAUCUCUUUUGAACACAGAUAUGGAGCGAGAGCUUAAUCAUAUGGCUAGGUUUUUUGAAGCGGCUGUAGCAUACAAAAAGAAGAUUGGAUUCAAUGGGACAUUGCUAAUUGAACCUAAACCACAAGAACCUACAAAACACCAGUAUGAUUGGGAUGCUGCAACCUCAGCUAAUUUCUUGCGAAAAUAUGGACUUACUGGGGAAUUCAAACUCAACAUAGAGUGCAACCAUGCUACCCUCUCUGGCCACAGUUGUCAUCAUGAGCUUGAAACUGCAAGGAUCAAUGGAUUGCUGGGUAAUAUUGAUGCCAACACUGGCGAUCCUCAAGUUGGUUGGGACACAGAUCAGUUUUUGGUAGAUAUUCAAGAGGCAACCCUGAUCAUGCUCAGUGUGAUCAGAAAUGGAGGACUUGCACCAGGUGGAUUCAACUUUGAUGCGAAAUUGCGGAGAGAGAGCACAGAUGUUGAAGACUUGUUCAUAGCCCACAUUGUUGGAAUGGAUACCCUGGCCCGUGGACUAAGAAAUGCUGUCAAGCUAAUUGAGGAUGGUUCUCUGGCUGAGCUAGUCCGUAAGCGAUAUCAGAGUUUUGACACGGAAAUUGGGGCUCAAAUAGAGGCUGGCAAAGCUGACUUCGAAAUGCUGGAGAAGAAAGUUAAGGAAUGGGGAGAACCGAAGGUUUCUUCUGCGAAACAGGUAACUCAAAAUAUAAUUUUUCUGAACAUAUCUGAGAGGUGUAGGAAUCAGACCAAUAUUAAUAUAGGAGAGGGAACGGAAAGGCCCAGCCAGGCCUAG